GCGGCUGGUCCUGCUAUUCUUGUACAAGGAAUAAUAAUUUAAUUUCACAGAAGGGAGAGGACAGGGAAGUGCCUGGCUCAUUAGUGCAGUAUGACCAUUAGAAGAGCAGAGGAAGCUGCCCCAGGCAGUGCCUGCCAGCUCCAGCACCCCACUGCAGUCCUGCAGCCCGAGGCAGUGGAGAGGUGCAACCUCUCCCUGGGGCUCACACCAGUCAUGGCCACAUGCCCUGGGCACUUGGGCUCCCAGUUCAGGGGUGAGGCUCUGGGCUGGCAGCCUGACGUUUUCCACACUUCCUCCUGAUGAAAGGUGCUCGAUUUAAUAAAUGGGCAGCAGCUCCUCUGAAGGUCUGUGCACACAGAGCUGCAGAGCUGCAGUCAAGGGCAACAGCCCUCAGCAUCCUUGGGAAGGUGUUGCUGUGCAGAAAGGCCUGUGCAGCGCCCAGCUUCAUGAACCAGGCCACCUGCCAUGGCAGAGAAACAUCCCUCAGGUUUAGAGAGCCUGUAGAUGCUGCAGAGGGGCCAAAUUCGGGUGCUGCAGGCAUGAAGGCAGUGUAAAGCACCUUGCACAGGGGUCAGCUGGUAGAAGGGAGGAAAGGGAGAUAAGGGCUGCUAUGCCCCGAGCCUGCCUGUUGAGUCUCAGGGCUUUUCCCUUGAAGGCCACACCUCGCUGCAGACUGACCACCCCGUGGACAGGGCUCUGCUGGCGGACCCCCACCCAUCCCCAGCCAAUGGCCCCACAGCACGGGGCGGGGAGGGGCUGCGGGCAGCGGAUAAAAGCACCCAGGGGUCUGCAGCUCCGCUACAAGGUCCGUGUCCUCCUGCAGCCACACGCUACCCUCCGCCCGACACCAUGGUGCACUGGUCAGCCGAGGAGAAGCAGCUCAUCACCGGCCUCUGGGGCAAGGUCAACGUGGAGGAAUGUGGAGCUGAGGCUCUGGCCAGGCUGCUGAUCGUCUACCCCUGGACCCAGAGGUUCUUUGAUAACUUUGGGAACCUGUCCAGCCCCACUGCCAUCAUUGGCAACCCCAAGGUCCGUGCCCAUGGCAAGAAAGUGCUCACCUCCUUCGGAGAUGCCGUGAAGAACCUGGAAAAUCUCAAAGCAACCUACUCCAAGCUGUCCGAGCUGCACUGCGAGAAGCUGCACGUGGACCCCGAGAACUUCAGGCUCCUGGGAGACAUCCUCAUCAUUGUGCUGGCCGCACACUUCACCAAGGAUUUCACCCCUGCCUGCCAGGCCACUUGGCAGAAGCUGGUUGGCGUGGUGGCCCACGCUCUGGCCUACAAGUACCACUGAACGCUCCAGAGGAGGAUGCAGCUGUAACAGUCAAUAAAAAUAAAAACAAACAAAACA